UUUUCAAAUUUAUUUCAAUCAUUUAAUAAAAUUGAAUUGAAAUUAAAUCUUCAUGAAAAAUGUUUUUUCAUUCAAUUAUCUUGACCAUUGCUACAGCUAUAAUUGUCAUCAGUGCAAUUUAUAAAUAUUAUAGAUGUCAUACAUUUUGGCAACGUCAAGGAAUAAAAGCCCGUUAUGUACCCGAUUUUGGAUGGAUGAGAGAACCAAUGCAUGAAUUUUUUUAUCGAGAAGCAAAAAAAUUUGGCAAUAUUUUUGGAAUAUAUGGUAUAGGUAAUUCUUUUUUGAUUAUGAAUGAUCCGAAAAUAGCUCGCGAAAUAUCAACCAAAGAAUUUCAUAAAUUUCCAAUUCGUUGGGGUAAUUAUUUUGGCAAAACAUCAGUGAUACUUUCAUUGGUAUUUAUCCAAGAUUAUGAUGCUUGGAAACGUAUUCGAGCAAUUGCUGCUCCGGCAUUUACAUCGGCUAAAUUAAAAGCUAUGAUCACUCCUAUCAACAAUAUUUCGAACAAUUUUGUAAACAAUUUGAAAAAACAUGCUGAAAAUGGGGAAAUGUUCGAUAUGAAAAUCUACACCAAUGCAUUGGCCAUGGAUGUGAUUGCUUCGUGUGGAUUUGGAAUUGAACUGAAUUCAAUUAAUGAGUACAAUCAUCCAUUGGUAAAACAUGCUUUACGUAUUAUGAAUGUGGAUUUUACAUUUAGCAUGAUUAUUUGCAUGGUAUUUCCUUCUUUGGGAAGAUUUUUGGAUUUUGAUCCUGUUGAUCGCAAAUCGGCCAAAUUUUUUGAUGAUUUAACAUUCAAGAUAAUUGAAGAUCGCUUGAAAAGAAAAAAUCAACGUAAGAAUUAUAAAUCUAAAAAUUUUUCCAUUAUUUUGAUUCUUAUUAAGGUAAUUUUUCUCUCAGAAAAAAAGGAUCUUAUUGGUUUAUUGGUGGAACAAACUGUAAAUGACAAUUCUGAAUCAAAUGAGAUUGAUAAAAAAGAACAGAAAUUGAAAGGUAUUAGUCGUAAAGAAAUUGCUGGACAAGUUAUCGGCUUUUUUCUUGCUGGUUAUGAUACAACAAAUGUUGCGUUAUGUCAUAUAAUCUAUUACCUUAUUAAACAUCCUGAAUGGCAAGAUAAACUGUAUGAAGAAUUGAGCACACAUGAUUCAUCUUUAGAUUAUGAAUCAUUGCGAAAUUUACCUAUUUUGAAUGGUGUAAUUUACGAAACAUUAAGACUUAAGCCACCAGUGAAUUAUAUUCCACGUUUCACAAAUAAAGAUACAACAUUGUUGAAUACAGGUAUCAAAAUUCCGGCUAAAACAACAAUACUUUCCCAUCCAUAUAUCAUACAUCGAAUGCCUGAAUAUUUUCCCGACCCCGAAUCAUUUCAACCAGAACGUUUUAUGGGAGAAAAAUCAAUGGAAUCAUCAAUUGCUUAUAUGCCCUUCGGUUUGGGUAAUCGUUUUUGUGUUGGUAUGCGUUUUGCACUGAUUGAACUUCGUGCGGCUGUUGCACACUUAAUUCUCAACUAUCGUUUAUUACCGGAUCCUAAUCUAAAACUUGAUUAUUAUAAGGGACAUUUCAUACUAUCACCAAAACAACUAAUGAUACGAAUCGCUAAACGUUGAACAUAUGAAAUGUGUUUUAGAUUGACAAAAGUUUUUUUAUUAUUAUUUAGCAUUAGAAAUAACAGAAAU